AUGACAAAAUUCUUGCAGCCAAGUGUAGAAAAAUUAUUGGCACCCUUACAACUAUUUCAUCAAAAGGAUUUAACUAACGGAUUUUCGCCAAGGCAUCUGAAGCGCCCAAAGUGCAGCAAUAUAUUCUACAUAACUAGUUUUACCGGGCUUUUCCGUAAGCUCCUCUUCUAUGCUGGAUUCUAUAGUAUGCUUUGUCUUCUAUUUUUAUCCUAUAUAAAUCUUCUCCUUUAUUUUCAUGUGAAGCGCGAUUACCCCACUAGAACAAGCAAUCAUAAUCUUUUGGGUUCUAAUCCAGGACUGGGAAUUGUGCCUAAUCCUGAUAGGCUCUCUAGUCUUUUGCACAUCCGCACAUCUAAUUUCUUCACCUAUUCCGCUCUCACAGAUGAAAUGACCAGCUUCCUAUCCUACUACAUAUUUCAUAUGCAAGGUGGUAUGUAUGAGAAGUGUUCACGCUCUUUAUCCUCAAUGAAUACCAGGCGUCCUUGCUUCUUUGACCUCUCAGUAGGUGGUCCAUGCAACCUAAAAGAUGGUUUUGGUUACUACAAGAGUCAGCCUUGUCUUGCAGUGAAGUUAAACAAAAUAUAUGGUUGGCUACCUGAUCCACUGGAAAAUGUGACUGGGAUCAUGGUAAAGUGCCAAGGGGCCAGCAAGACGGAUGAGCUAUUACUUGGCGACAUUUGUUAUUACGACACUCGAAAUAUAGACUUUCCACCUAGUAACGAUGUAAAUUCCGGCGGAUUAAAUGCGGCAUAUUCUCAAGCUGACUAUUUUACAAAGCUUAAUCCUCUGUGCCAACGAGACUAUGGCCUUAUUGAGGCCUACUUUUAUCCUUUUAUGAACCAGGCAAACUAUCACCAGCCCCUAGUGUUUGUACAGUUCAUGCGCCCAAAACGACAUGUUGCUAUUCGCGUCGCCUGUGUUGCACUAGCGCGAAAUAUCCAAGUGGACUUGCCAAAACGCCAGGGCUCUGUGGCGUUUGAACUGCUCGUUGACUAA